UGGGGCGGGUGUCACAUUGCUCGGCGGCCCGCACAUUCACUUUGCCUUCGCUUUUAGCCUCCGUGCUGUAACUUGCAAGGGACGUCGAGGAGGAGGUGGGGGUGUACAAGAACAGAGCUUGCUCGCCCGCCGCGCCACCCGGGGGGGAUGGCGUCCAGGUGCUUCUUCCCCAGGGACGCGGCCGCGGACGCGCGGCACCAGUCCAAGGCGGCGGCGGCGGCGCUCGAGCAGCUGCACCACGGCGGCCGCCUCCUGUCCCGGGAGGACGUCGGCGGCGCGGUGCGCGUCAAGAUCGUCGUCAGCAAGCGCGAGCUCAAGCAGAUGGUCGCGGCGCUCGGCGACGGGGCCGGCGCGGUGACCGCGGCCGCGGCGGCGGCGGCGGCGGCGGCGGCCACCGGCGAGCGGCACCGGCAGCGCGCGGGCGCCGGGCCGGGCGCCGAGCAGAGGCUGCAGUCGCUCCGCCGGCGCAGCAUGCGGCGGGCGGCCGAGGCGGCGCGCCGGAUGCAGGCGAGCGGGGAGUGGGAGCCCGGCCUGCAGAGCAUCCCCGAGGAGGUCUACUGAUCGCCGCCGCUCCGCUAGUAGACGAACGGCGCCAGCUGAUGGCUAGUAAUCCCUUGACUAAUUAUGGGUUGGGUGCGUUUUGAUCACCGCCAAGUGCUAGAUGUAUGUGUACAGCGCUGUUUUGCUCCGGACCCUGCUUAUCAUGGGCUCCAAUGGCUGCUUAAUCAUCCUCCGCGAGUUUGUGCAUUUUGCCCUGUGAUUUUUUUUUUCUUUUUGGUAUGAACCAGAAAGGGAGGAAAGAUCGAGAUGUGUUUUGGACCUUGGAUCACAAUGCAAGUGCUGAUGGCUGAUGAACUGAUCUCAAUUCUGGCAUCCAACCUGUUUUGAGCUUGUGAUUUGAGGACGACUGAUGGUGUGAGCAGGUUGCUCAGGGGAGUAGCUAGCUGCCAGGAUUGCUUCUGUUUUUUCCUCUUGUCCGGCAGUGAGAUUUUACGGUGUCGCCAUGCUAGCUAUGCCACUGUCACUGUGAACCCGUGAGUGAAAUGGUGAUCCGUGAAUCCGGCACAUGUACAUGUACCUUUUCUUUUUUACUGUGGACAAAUAGUUUACCUUGUUC